GCGACCUCUAAACUUUACCAAAUUUAGAUAAAUAAAAAUAAGUUGAGAAAGAUAAAGAGAAAGAGACAUAAACUGAAGAAUCAUGGAAGAGGAGGGAGAUGCGGAAGAGCAAUCACUUAAACAGGAAGUCUCUAUAGCAGAAUAUGUGUCACUUUCACUCUUGUCUUCAAAGCAAAACCAGCACCACCAAUACCACAAACCUGAUCAUACCUCAAUCCCAAUACGGGAGAAUUCAUCCAUCAGAAGAUGGGUUCCCUUCAGAUACCUAUAGGCAUGAGAAGCUCCUCAUUGUUAGAUAUGUCCUGCGGAUAUUUGCUCAAAGAGUUACAGAUGAUAUGGGAUGAAGUUGGAGAAGAUAAGUUUGAAAGAGAGAAAGUGUUGCUCGAUAUUGAGCAGGAAUGUGUAGAGGCUUACCGUAGAAAAGUUGACCAUGCCAAUAUUGCAAGGUCUCGUCUACAUCAAGAGCUGGCGGAAUCUGAAGCUGAACUCACCCAUCUUCUUUUGUGCCUCGGUGAAAGAUCAGUACCCGGAAGGCCAGAGAAAAAGGAAGGAACACUGAGGGAGCAGCUGGAUGCUAUUGCCCCUGCACUGCGUGAGAUGAGGCUGAGGAAAGACGAGAGAGUGAAGCAGGUCAGGUCUGUUAAAGGGGAGAUUCAGAAGAUUUCAGCAGAAAUAGCGGGAAGAUCAACAUAUGAAGAGUCAUCUACAAAUAUAAAGAUAGACGACAACGAUCUUUCUAUAAAGAAACUGGAGGAGUAUCAGAAUGAACUCCAUAGACUCCAUGAUGAGAAGAAUGAAAGACUGCAGAAGGUUGAAAUAUAUAUAUGCGCCAUUCGAGACCUGUCAGCAACCUUGGAAACAGAAGCAUCUAUGAUCAUAACAAAGAUCCAUCCAAGCUUGAAUGAUCUCUAUGGAAUAUCCAAAAACAUCAGUGAUGAUAUCUUAAAGAAGCUUAACGGCACUGUUGUGUCUCUUGAAGAGGAAAAACAGAAGCGCCUUGAAAAGAUUCACCAUCUUGGUAGAGCUUUAUCGAACCUGUGGAAUCUAAUGGAUGCAUCUUAUGAAGAUCGUCAGAAGUUUUCUCACGUCAUUGAGUUACUGUCAUUCGAACCAUCAGACGUGUGUGCUCCUGGAAGCAUUACAUCUGGCAUAAUUCAGCAGGCUGAGGCUGAAGUCAAGAGACUAGAUCAACUGAAAGCAAGCAAAACCAAAGAACUUUUCCUCAAGAAACAAAAGGAGCUAGAGACUACAUGCAACAUAUCACAUAUGGAAACUCCAUCAACAGAAGUGGGAGAUAUAAUAAACCUAGUAGACUCUGGUGAAAUUGACCACGUUGAGCUUCUUAAUGCCAUGGAUGAAAAGAUAGCGAGAGCAAAGGAAGAAGCAGCAAGUAGAAAAGUAAUAAUUGAAAAAGUGGAUAGGUGGAUGUUAGCACGAGAUGAAGAGCGUUGGCUAGAAGAAUAUGACCAGGACGAGAACCGAUACUCAGUAAGUAGAAAUGCUCAUAAAAAUCUAAGGCGAGCGGAACGGGCACGCAAAGAAGUCAGCAAAAUCACAGGAUUAGUGGAAUCAAUAUUGGUAAAGACUAAGAUCUGGGAAGCAGAAAGACAGAAGGUCUUCUUGUACAAUGAGGAACCUCUUAUUGCAAUGUUACAAGAAUACAGUAAUCUGAGGCAGGAAAAGGAGGUGGAGAAGCUAAGGCUCCGGGAAAAGAAAAAGAUAAUUCCACCACCUGUAGCCCAGCAAGAUAACUUUUAUGUGGCAAGACCAGCUAGUAGCAAUCGCCGUAUCUCGAACCGAAGCAUCAAUGGUGGAUACGGCAGUGCAAGUCCUUUAAACAGAAAACUUUCAAGAGGAUUCAACAAUAAUACUAGUUACACAGCUCUUGGCACAUCUUUAAGAAGAGAGUCUUCAGUGAUCAUCAAAAACACAUGGCCUUCGGCGCACAGUCUUGCUUCUUGGCAGCAUUCUCCGUGAUGAAAACAGAGCUUCUGCUGUAUCAUAUUGUCUCCCUGACUUCAUUUGUGUGUGUUUAAAUUCGAAAACAAAAUAAAAAAAGGUUUUAUUAUCCUGUAACAAGACUUGAGUUAUCACUUUCAGGACCAAACAUCAAUCUGUCUGUUUCAUUAUGAAAAACACAAUCUUGAUGAUGAGGCGUA